AUGAAAUUCUUCGAGGGAUUCUACAACACUUGCAAGGAGAAUUGGGGGAGUAGUAUGAGCGACGAUCAAAUCACCCAACAAGCCCAGACGAUGUUCGAGGUGAAUUUCAAGAAGCAAUUCUCCUACAUCAAAGCUUGGAAAGUGCUUCGCGAAUGUGAAAGAUUCAUGUCGCAAGCCGGGAAUGUCCACUCCGCAAAGAAGUCGAAGGGCUCCGAUGGUGGAGCAACCACCACUUCUUCGGAGCCAAGUGUCACGACGAGGCCUCAAGGUCAAAAAGCGGCAAAGCGAGACAAGGGCAAGGCGAAGAAGGGAGAAGGGUCUUCGGGAGGAGGGUCGACGUUCUCCGACGCCCUCGAGAAGGUGGUCGAAAGCAUGAGGGAGCAUGCUCUGAAAACGGGGGAAAUCGCCGAGGGAUAG